AUGAGUGCCGCUCUUGGCAACUCCAGCAAGCUUCUAGAGAACAAAAGCGACGUAAUAGACUAUCCAUUGAUGAUAAGCUCAAGCAGUGCUAUAAGUGAUGAUGUGCUGACAGUUCUUGACACUGUCUUCAACUGUGUCCUGAUACAUUGCCUCUGUUUGUUUGGGAUUGUUGGAAACAUCAUCAAUGUGACCGUUCUGUCCUAUCAGGGAUUGAAGGAGUCAAACAUCAUGCUGUUCUCGCUGUCAAUCAUAGACAUGCUUGGUUCACUCUUCAGGCUAGUGAGGCGAUUAAAGUGCGUAGUCGCCACGCUGGACAUUCCGUCGUCAAUCACAAUCGACACCUUCGGCUCCGUUGUAUUCAUACUGAUGGACAACUGGUGCCUGGCUCUGAGCUUCUUUCACAUCACGGCCAUAGCUGUGGAGCGGUGCUGGGCAGUGUGCGCCCCUUUCAGUGUCUCCUCCGUUUUCACGCCACGGCGAGUUAAGAUUUUGCUCGCCUUUCUUUACGUGUACACCGCCGUGAUUCUCAGCCCUCUUUUUUACCGCCUGACACUCGUGUGGGAUACAGACUCGUCAUCUAACGCGACGGUGGCUCGAGUGGCAUAUACCCGGUUCUACAGAGAUAACUUAGAAGCCGUCAACCUCUUCUCCACCAUCUUCUACAACAACAUCUGCACUACAGCCCCGCUGCUCACCAUAUUAAUAUGCUCCCUCGUAAUCGCCUCCAAGCUUAUGCAAGAAAGACCUCGGGAGCUGGCCAAACUCUCAUCCGAGCGUUCCAUCGUAAAAAGGAUUAAAGACCGGAAAGUGGUCAAGAUGCUGCUGACCGUAUGCAUGGCCACAGUGGUCAGCUGCUUGCCGACAGCCAUCCUUUCGAUGUAUAUGGUGUACUCUCGGACCGCGCUGUUCACCGGCAGAUUGUAUUACGUCCUACGAAGUGUUUCAGACGUGUUGUACCAGUUUAGUGCCUCGGUCAAUUUUAUUAUCUACGUGUCCUUGAGCACUAAGUUCAACAAAGUUUACCAACAGAUUUUUCUGUCAUGUUUUCGAAGCUCCAAGAACUAUGAAAGUGAUAUUUGA